AUGUUUCCCGAAGAGGGUUGGGCGCGCAGUGCUUCCUCUUCUUACUGGACCCUGCAGCCGUGCUGGUGGCGUCGAUCACGCUGCAAAGUCGUGGAAGUAGCGGGUACUAAAAGGCACAGCACACACGCACGAAUGGUUAUCAGCGGUGCCAAUGCGGUAUACAUCGUUGGAACCUUCAAGCAUCUCGGAACAGAUGCUGAUUUUAAGCUGUACCUCACAACGAAUGUUACCCAGGCGGAUUUCAACAUGGGCUACACCAUGACUGGGACUUUAGAACGCGGCAACCGAUCCACCAAUACUUUCCAAGUAACUCAUUUUGCUGUUCUAAGACGCUGCGAUCACGAAUCACAUCACUUGAAGAGCUCGUAA